GACGUUCUUGCUCUCGAUCCAUUUAUUUGGUGUGCUAAGGAGAGAGACCUUUUAUGGGCCAGCGCUAGUCCUAAUACGACCUCAGAUUUCGAACGACAGGCUGCUGGUGCCGACGAGCCUCUUCUCGAUGACAAGGACGAAGAUUUAUUGAAGCGUCGUAUGAUACCGAUAGCGUCGAAUGCCAGAAUUCCGUUGAAGAAGGAGACUGACUACAAUAAACCACUCCUCUUUCGUUCACAGCAGCUGUUCCCCUUCGAGUUGCCUGUUAUUAUCACCAACGUGGACGAUAUCAGUGAUAGUAUGCCGCGCUUGCCUAAAAAAAUCGGCAAAAUGGAGCUCUAUUCG